AUGUCGUCCGAUAGUGAUGCGAAACCCGGCCGUUGCGCUUCAGUUUAUAGUGAAGUUCAAACUAGCCGUCUUAACGUCGCUCUUCCUCUUCCGUCUGUUUUCAAAGCUUCGUUCGAGGUCGUUGAUGGACCUAAAAGCUCCGCCGCAGGCAAUCCAGAUGAAAUUGCUAAGCUCUUUCCAAAGCUGUUUGGGCAGCCGUCUGUUUCCUUGAAGGCUGGAGGCUCAAUGCCAGAGCAGAGUCUCAAGAUUGGUGUUGUUCUAUCUGGAGGACAGGCUCCUGGUGGACACAAUGUGAUUUGUGGAAUUUUUGACUAUUUGCAGAAUAGGACCCAGGGCAGCACAAUGUAUGGGUUUAGAGGAGGCCCAGCUGGAGUUAUGAAGUGUAAAUAUGUCCAGUUGACCAGCGACUUCGUUUAUCCUUACAGAAAUCAGGGUGGCUUUGAUAUGAUAUGCAGUGGAAGAGACAAGAUUGAAACACCUGAGCAGUUUCAAGAAGCUCAAGAAACAGUUAAGAACCUUGAUUUGGAUGGCCUUGUAGUCAUUGGUGGAGAUGACUCGAAUACAAAUGCUUGCCUGCUGGCCGAGAACUUUAUGGCUAGCGAUUUAAAAACAAAAGUUAUUGGAUGCCCGAAGACCAUUGAUGGUGACUUGAAGUGCAAAGAAGUUCCAACAAGUUUUGGGUUUGACACUGCAUGCAAGAUAUAUUCGGAAAUGAUUGGUAAUUUGAUGGUCGAUGCACGUUCUACUGGAAAGUAUUAUCACUUCGUAAGGUUAAUGGGACGUGCUGCAUCACACAUAACGCUGGAAUGUGCUUUGCAGACUCAUCCAAACAUAACAAUCAUUGGAGAAGAGGUUUCUGCCCAAAAGCAGACACUGAAGGGUGUCACAGAUUACAUAACAAAUAUAAUCUGCAAACGCGCAGAUGCUGGUUUCAAUUAUGGUAUUAUACUUAUACCAGAAGGCCUGAUUGACUUCAUUCCGGAGGUACAACAACUUAUUUCAGAGCUUAAUGAAAUUUUAGCCCAUGACGUUGUUGAUAAAGAAGGAGCAUGGAAGAAGAAACUUAGGAGCCAAUCUCAUGAGCUCUUUGAGAUAUUACCAAAAACAAUUCAAGAACAAUUGCUGCUAGAAAGAGAUCCACAUGGAAAUGUGCAGGUCGCAAAGAUUGAAACUGAAAAGAUGCUUAUUCAAAUGGUGGAAGCUGAACUAGAGAGCAGGAAAAAAGAGGGUAAAUAUAAGAAGGAUUUCAAAGGGCAGCCACACUUUUUUGGUUAUGAAGGUAGAUGUGGCUUGCCUUCAAAUUUUGACUCAAACUACUGCUAUGCUUUGGGUUAUGGUGCAGCUGCUCUGCUUCAUUCUGGGAAGACGGGAUUGAUUUCCUCGGUUGGUAAUCUGGGAGCUCCGGUUGAAGAUUGGACAGUUGGUGGUACUGCACUGACAUCUUUAAUGGAUGUGGAAAGGAGACACGGCAAGUUUAAGCCCGUGAUUAAGAAAGCAAUGGUAGAACUUGAAGGUGCUCCUUUCAAGAAGUUUGCUUCUAUGCGUGAAGACUGGUCUAUCAAGAAUCGCUACGUCAAUCCAGGCCCUGUUCAAUUUGUUGGUCAGAGUUCUGAUUUAAUCAACCACACCCUAAGGUUGGAACUUGGAGCCCAAGCAUGUUAGCUCUCUUGAUGGAUCCUCUAAUUCGUAUCGAGAAUUUACAUUUGUGAAUGCCAUUUUUGAAUUAAGACAACUGAGCAAAUAAUAGAAGUUAAGUGUGGUAGCUCAAAAUAACUAGUAACACUGGAUUCGAGCUCUUGUGAACUUGAUGCAUGGCUUUUUGGGUGAGUAUUAUGAUUCAAACACGUUUUCUUUUUUA